GCGCGGUGCGUCCGGGAGCUCGCCGGGAGGAGCGGGCGGCUCAUGGCGGUGCCCGCCGCGGCUGUGUCGGUCCCGGGGCACUCGGCACAUCUGUUGUACCGCUGGCGGCGCCUCACCGCAGCGGCCGGGGCGAAGAGAGUGGACCAAGCCUCUGCGUUUGCUAUCUCUGAAGCUUGUCCCCUUCAAAAGUCAAGGUAUCCACAGGAGCCUUGUGGUCCUGUGACAAGUUCAGAAACCUUGGAAUACCUGCAAGAUUAUGAUGAGGCCUGUGAGGAAGCUCAAGAGCUACUCAGUAACUGGAUGAAGUCUGAACUGGAACUGGUGAGCAAUGGAGAAGAAGAAGUUGACUCUGCCCUCCUGGAAAAGCCUUCCGCAGCCCCUCUGAAGUAUGAGCGGUUUGAUGACUUGUGCAGCUAUCUAGAAUACGAAGCAGAAAGUUCUUCUGUCGAAGAAUACCUACAGCACCUUUUGCAGAGUGAAGCUGUGAGCUGUGGGAUAAGGGAAGGCCUUCGACUUGAAGACAUCAAGGAAAACAAAAAACUUACAGAUCCACGAAUAACGAUGGAGCUUAGACACAAGCAGGUGAAAGAAAACCGAAUAAGGCAUCAGAAGGCAUUAGAGCUUCAGAGACAAGUACAGUCCCUGAAGAAAUCAGUUCUUUCUGAGGCCAGGCUCCAAGUACAGGCAGAGAACAGAAGGAAGGCCCUGAAGGCUAAGAAGGAGGAGGAGGAAAUUCAGAGGGAAAUGGUGAAGCUGCGAAGGGAAAUGGCUGAGAAGCAGGCCAUGGCAGAAGCCUGGAGAACGGAGGGGAAGAGACAAGAAAAGAGCCAGAGUCUGUCAAUGCAGAAGAUACAUACUGGUGCCUCACCACCCCUCAUCCUGAAGAAAGAAGAGCAAGGAGAGGAGAAACGGAGAAAGGCUCAGGAGCUGCUGCUCAGGAUUCAAGCCAAUAAACAGAAAUGCAUGCAACGAUGUUUCUCUGCCUGGCUGAAAGUCACCCUGGAGCGCAGAAUUAAAAUGGGAAAAGCCAAAGCCCUUGCUGACUGGAAAUGCCAGCUGAAGGCCCUGCGAGCCUGGAGAAAUUAUACUUGGGCCCAGAAGGUAGUGCAGGAGGCACAGCAGUUGCAAGUUCAUCUUCAAGAUCAAAACAGGAAAAAACAACUGUCUGAGGAAUAUAACCAGCGACGGCUUUUGCGCUGCUGCUUUCUGGCAUGGCGGCACUGGAGCCAAGCAGAAACAGGGAAACAGGAGCUACAGAUCCAGAGAGAGGAGACUGAGAAAAAGAUGUCACAGCUGCUGGAGGCAGUGUCACUGGAGAAGGAUGGGCUGGACAGGCCACUGGAUGCUAACCAGCCUGCAACAGCAGAAGUGAACCAUCAUCAGGAUAUGCAGAAACACAAGCCAACUGAAACUUGCCUCAUACAGAAAAAACCUGACCAGACCAGAAACCCCUCUUGUUGGGAUGCUGCUCACACAUCUCAUUCGUACAGAAAACCCAUGUGUACCUGGGAGAUUACCAUAAAACAUGCAGCUCCAAGUGCCCAGGACCAGGCUGUAUAUAAGGAUCAGAUAGCCACUCUCCUCCAACAGUUACAGACAGCUGGUCUAAGGACAGCUCCUGCUUAUGGCAGCCGUUUUGAGCACCGUCAUGCUUUCCAGCAACGUCUGAUUGAGGAGCAGAGGCAGCAGCUUCAGAGACAGCAAAAGCUGAUCCUUGAACUGCAGGAAAAUCAGAGGCUGAGCAGAAUAGAAGAAAAGGCAGCACAAGCCACAGCUGUAACCCCCCUUCAGCAGCCUGACAACUCUGCUUCACAAACCAGGGAGGACAAGCCCGAGAGGGAAAACCAACCCACAUGCAAGAAUACAACCUAUUUGAGUCCACCUGUUUCUCAUGGGCCAGAAAACACAAGGGCAGUGAUGCAAGGCAGAAGGCCCUCCAGCCAGGUGACCUCAACUCAUCCCAUACUGAAAGCAAUGGAGGAGAGGGCGAUUCAGCGGGCAGAACGGAAGCGGAAACUAGAAGAAGCCAAACAACAAAGAAAAGAGGAAAAACUGGCCCAGCUGAAAGCUGAAGAGGAAGCACGACAGAGGAAAGAGGCUGAGGAAAAGGAAGCUCAGCAAGAAAAACGACGGGAGGAGAGAAGGCAGCAGAAGCUGAAAGAGCUGGAGAAGCAGAGGAGGCUGGAGAGAGAGCAGCAGCUCCAGAAAAAGGCAAGAGAUCACUAUGAAAAGGUCCUGCUCAGAAAGCUGGGAAUGGUGCCAUGGAAAAGGCUGAGGGAGCAAGCCAAGGAAAACCUGGUGGUGGCAGAAAGGCACCACUGCUUGGGCCUGCAGAGGAAAUGCCUGAUGGCUUGGCUUCAGGACACCCAGAGAAGCCUUAUGGAGAAGGUGUCUCGGGCUGAGGACUUCUAUUCCCAUGUAUUGCUGAGACGGGGCUUCAGGAACUGGCUAAAGUAUAACGAUUAUCUCUCCACACUGGAGGAGAGACUGAGUACACUCCAUGCAGCCUACCUCAUGAGGAGGUACUUCUGUUCAUGGUUUAAUCUGUUCAUGGAAGAAAAAAGUAUCUUAUGGGAGAAGAUGAAGAUUGCUACUGAGCAUAGUAACAAGAAAGUCAUGAUGAAUGCAUUCAAGACAUGGAGGCAGUACCCACUGCUGAUGAAAGAGGAAAGAGAGAGAGAGGAACGGAGGAACCAGUUACGCAGGAGAGUAGCUGAAAUUCUUCCUGACUUCCAAACAUGACAGAAGAGAGUCAAAGGAGACAAAAGACUGAUUCUGUCCACUGCUCUCUUCCCACUGACUGAACCAAAUCCAAAGGGAAGCCAUUUCAGGGCUGUUGUGGUUUAACCCCAGCCAGUAACUCAG